AUGCAUCGCUUUACUGAUAUCGAAUCAACGCCAAAACGACUACCGCCUGUCUAUGGCUAUUUGAAUCAUCCAUUACUGCCUCUAUCAAAAGCUCUCGAGCCAAUCUCGUCGUUAAUUGAUCAACUAGAUCGUUUUGGCAAAAUCGCGAAAAAUGAGUGCCAUUUUCCUUCCGAAUAUGGACUUACUCGUGACGAGUCAGCUGCUGUUUAUCUUUAUACAAUGGAAUGGGGAGAAAAUAGUUUCUAUCGAAUAAUCAAUCGUGCACUACGUGCUGAAGAUCGAUCGACAUUAAAACCGUGGUUCGCUUACCUUAAGCUAUUCGAUGUAGCAGUACAAAAGUUACCAACUAUUCGAAAGAAUCUUUGGCGUGGGGUUCCGAAAGAUGUAACGACAAACUUUAAGAAAGGCGAUGAAUUUACUUGGUGGACUAUCAGUUCAUGUUCGACUUCUGUUAAUAUUAUCAAGAAUUUUCUUGGACCAAAUUCAACCUUAUUCUUGAUUGAAGCAAUCAAUGGAAAAGAUGUAUCGAGUUGUACCAAUUAUCCAAAUGAAGAUGAAGUCAUUCUUUGUCCAGGUACACGAUUUCGUGUUGUUAGUGAUCCUUUAGAUCAGCCACCGAUGCACUUAAUCCAUUUACAAGAAAUUAGUGAUGAUGACGAAGAAUCACUGUCAACAGGUCUUAAAACGAUGACAGUGACAACAACAUCGAAUACUACAUCCACCCAUACACUGACUAAUGUUCAAUCUUCACAGAUACAUACUCAUACUGAUGAAUCGGGUAAUAGAUACGAAGGAGAAAUGAAAGGAGAGAAAAGACAUGGUAAAGGUCAGAUGGAUUAUGCAGAUGGUGAUAAAUACAUAGGUAUGUGGGUGGAAGGAAACAUAACAGGUCAAGGUGUCUACAUUGAUGCUAAUGGUAGUCGGUACGAGGGACAAUGGAAAGACAACAAGCAGCAUGGAAAAGGUAAACUGAUAUGGGGACCGAAAACCAAAUCGGCAGGCCACAUGUAUGAGGGUGACUGGAUCGAAAACAACAGAACAGGUCAAGGGGUCUACAUUCACGCUAAUGGUAAUCGGUAUGAGGGACAAUUCAAAGACAACAAGCAGCAUGGAAAAGGUAAAAUGAGCUGGGGACCGAAAACUCAAUGGGCAGGCGAUAUCUACGAGGGUGAUUAUAUCGAUGACAACAAAACAGGUCAAGGUGUCUACAUUUAUGCUAGUGGUAAUCGCUAUGAGGGACAAUGGAAAGACAACAAGAAGCAUGGUAAAGGUAAAAUGGAUUUUGCCAAUGGCGAUAAAUACACCGGUGAUUAUAUCGAAGACAAAAUGACAGGUCAAGGUGUCUUCAUUUUUGCUAGUGGUGAUCGAUAUGAGAGGACAAUGGAAAGACAACAAUAUGCAUGGAAAAGGUAA